CCAAUGAAAAACAGAAAACCCACACCUCAAACAAUGUCUUCAUCUCCAUCUUCUUCCUCCUCCUCUCCUCCACCAACCUCCGGCGACUCGCCGCCAUCAAACCUCCCGUUAAAAGAAAUCCCCGGCGACUACGGCAUACCCUUUCUCGGCCCGAUAAGAGACCGAUACGACUACUUCUACAACCAAGGCAAGGACGAAUUCUUCCAAUCCCGAAUCAAGAAAUACAACUCCACAAUCUUCCGGACCAAUAUGCCACCAGGGCCAUUCAUUGCCCGCAACCCAAAAGUCAUCGCCGUCCUCGACGCCGUCAGUUUUCCCGUCCUCUUUGACACCGCGAAGGUCGAGAAGAAAAACGUCCUCGACGGCACUUUCUUCCCCUCCACCGCCUUCACCGGCGGCCACCGCGUUUGCGCUUACCUCGACCCCACCGAACCCAACCACGCCGUCUUCAAAGGCUGGUUCCUCUCUCUCCUCGCCGCCAGACACAACAAUUUCAUCCCGCUUUUCCAAAACUCUCUCUUGCAUCUCUUCGCAAAUGUCGAAGCCGAGCUAUCGAAAAACGGCAAAGCAGAUUUCAACACGUUGAGCGACGACAUAUCCUUUUCGUUCGUGUUCACUCUCUUCUGCGAUCGCAGUCCUUCCGAUACAAAGAUCGGAUCGGACGGAUCAAAACUGUUUACGGAAUGGCUAUUCUUUCAACUUGCACCCCUGAUAACCCUCGGAUUAAAAUACCUCCCCAACUUUCUCGAAGAUUUUUUACUCCACACAUUACCGUUGCCCUUUUUCCCUGUAAAAUCCGCUUAUAAAAGACUUUACGACGGGUUUUAUAUUUCCACGUCGAAAAUACUGGACGAAGCAGAGAAAUUAGGGAUUCAACGAAAUGAAGCUUGUCAUAAUUUGGUUUUCAUGGCUGGGUUUAACGCAUACGGAGGAAUGAAAACUCUGUUUCCUGCUCUUAUCAAGUGGGUGGCAAUCGCAGGGGAGAGUUUACACCGGCGGCUAGCUAACGAAAUCAGGACCGUCGUUGAGUCCGAAGGCGGGGUCACAUUUUCGGCUUUGGACAAAAUGAGUCUGCUUAAAUCAGUGGUUUACGAAGCGAUGAGGAUCGAGCCGCCGGUUCCGUUCCAGUACGGCAAGGCUAAGGUUGACAUGGUGGUCCACAGCCAUGACGCGGCGUAUGAGAUCAAGAAAGGGGAGAUGAUCUUCGGUAAUCAGCCAUUUGCGACGAAAGACGGGAGGGUUUUUGAGAAUCCGGAGGAGUUUGUGGCGGAUAGGUUCGUAGGGGACGGGGAGAAGUUGCUGAAGUAUGUGUAUUGGUCGAAUGGGAGGGAGACCGAUGAGCCGACGGCGGAGAACAAGCAGUGUCCGGCGAAGGAUGUGGUGGUGCUACUGGCCAGGGUGCUGCUGGUGGAGUUUUUCUUGAGGUAUGAUACGCUCACGGCUGAGGUUGGGACGUUGUUGCUGGGAUCGUCGGUGACUAUCACGUCGUUGACGAAGGCCGAGUCGACUGCGUGAUGAUUUUCAUGAGAUCAUUACGCAGUGAUUCAUCUGCUGUUUGAAGGUUUAAACUUGAAGGGGCAAUAGUAGUUUGUGCUUUUUUUUCGUUUUUUUUUUUUCAACAGUCAGGUGUUGUCCGGGCCACCGUUAAGGGCCGAAACUCUUCGACCAUUUCCUCUUCGGUCUGGUCAACGACAAAUCAUCCAUGCUGAAAUUAGAGAAUUCACAAAAGUUUACUUUUUUACAGUCUGAUCCGUGUUGGGAAGACGGGUUAAUAGUAGUUAAAGUAGGUGUAUGUGCUAGCAUAUAUAGCCUCCAUUCUUGUAAAAAAAACUCUGUUUUGUGUGUUUGUUUAUUUUUAUUUUGAUUUUUUAUUAGAUUCGCAUCAUAUUUUUUACAUUA